AUGCUAGCUGCACACCUCCUGUUCCUCCUUCUAACCCUCCCCCCCACCUCCCACGGCUGCCGCACGGCUCCCUCAGCCGAGUGCGACAAACCCAAGUUCGUGCCCGGUCACAACCUGGUGGGCGAGGGCUUCAACAUCGUGAAGAUGACGACCACCGGCGCCUUCGUGGUGAACACGAGGGCUUACCUGGAGGGCGGCGACCACGGCAACUGCACGUUGUGCGACAACAAGCUGAUGAAGCAGGAGCAGAAGCUGCCCACCUCCGUCGUCGACUGGCGCAUCAAGGUCCGAUGUCGCCGGAGCGUCUCGGCCAAAACGUACGAUACCGGCAGCUCCCUGCUGAGGGACUCCGCCAGCGCGGCCCAGGUCGGGUGGAAAGUGGGUCUUUCCGUGCCUUUCAAGGGGGGCGCCGCUGUUGGCGGCACCCACUCCAAGUCGGCCCGGUUUGCCCAGAGCCACUCUGCCACAGACAGGUUCUCCUACACCAGCCACUCCUUCUCCUGUCGCUAUUAUACAUUCAGAAUUCAUUCUAACCCUCCCUUGACCAAAGAAUUCGAGGGGUCCAUCAAAUCCCUUCCUCUGACCUACAACUCCAAAGCGAAAGAUUUAUACAAACACUUCAUCUCUAUCUACGGCACUCAUUUCCUGAGACAGGUUGACCUCGGGGGUCGCGUGCACUCCAUAACCGCCGUGCGCACCUGUGAUGCUGCUAUGAAAGGUCUGUCAGUGCAUGUCGUCAGUAACUGUCUGUCGGCGGAGGCCUCCUACGUCGUCAAGGGUGUGAAAAUCAACGGCGCCGCAAACUACUGCAAGGAUAAGAGCAAGAAACUGGAAAACGGCAAGAACUUCAGCGUCUCCUUUUCGGACCGCGUGACGGAGGUUCUGGGGGGAAGCGGCGAGGAGCAGGACAUCCUGUUCAACCCAGACCAGAAAAACGGCUACGCCACCUGGCUCAAGACCUUAAAGACGCUCCCCGGGGUGGUCUCUUACCGCCUAAGCUCGCUCCACAUGCUCGUGAAAAACGACACCGUCAGAAGGGCGAACCUGCAGAAAGCCAUCAGCGAAUACAUCACGAAUGCCACCGUGUAUACUUCCUGCGCCUCUCGCUGCAAGGUGGGGCAUAGGGCUCAAAACUGUGCGUGCAAGUGCAGCGGUCACCAAAAGAUCGACGCCAACUGCUGUCCCAGUGCACUGGGGGUGGCCCAGCUGAGCGUAACAGUGAUACGGGCCGAGGGGCUUUGGGGAGAUUACUUUAGCAAGACAGACGGUUACGUGAAGGUGUUCUACGGAACGCAAGGAUUCAGUACGCAUGUCAUUCACAAUAAUAAUUUCCCGAAAUGGAACCACAGGCAAUCCCUUGGCAUGGUGGAUCUAACCAAACGCAUCCCGAUACGCUUUGAAGUUUGGGAUCGGGAUAACAAGUGGGAUGAUGACCUUCUGGGCAGAUACGACGUCGUCCCUCAGAGUGGCUCCAACAUACAAAAGUCUAAGAAGCUAAAACAUGGCUCCCUCUACAUCUCCUUCACUGCUACAUGUGCUCCAAGUUUGCAAGGUUCACUCUGUGCUAAAUAUGCCCCUACACCUAAUGGUGACGGUAGGCUGAUCUAUCACGACGUCUUGAACAACCCAGAGCGACCCAGCUUUUUCAAAGGACUGGACCAAGUGCCCAAGGACAAUGGCUUCUUGUAA